CGGCCGAAUAAGUCCAGUGAGCAUUGGGAUUCUGUCCCAUCGAGCGUGGCCGAUGCGGAAUGAGAAGGACCCCGGUGACUGCUGAUGCUCGGCUAUGAACAUCGUUCGUCUGCGAUGUUUGCCUGUCUGCUUACUUGGAAGACGAUCGCUAUGCGCCAGAAGAGACAAUAGCGCCCAUUUUGCCAACACGGCGCCAAAUUUCUACGCAUUUCCCACAUUUCCAGCACGCGUUUUCGGUGGGGAAUCGCUUUGGUCGUGGCCAUCCCCCCAGAAUCACGGCCCAACCCCGCUGUCAAUCACAGUCGAUCAUUUUGCUCUGUGAUGGACCCUGAAGCUCCGUCUGCUCUGGACAUGCAAGCUGUGGAACC